ACUUACUAAAAUUUCUCGGCAAUGUUUGAUUUUAUUUUUGCUUUAUAUCAAUGUUUUUAGGUCGAGAUAAAGGUUUUUGUGCAAAUUCUGUUCAUACCAUGGAGAUAAAUGAAGAAUAUACCUUGCCUUUAAACAAAAAUGAUAUUUUGCCAAAAAACAAAUUGGAUCGCGGGUUAUUUGUUUUGAUGACUGUUUUAAUCCCUGCCUUGACAGUGUGGGAAACCUUUAUUCUCUUUCAGUAUUAUCCAGAACUCAAUUUUAAUGUGUUUAUUCAUUUUCUGUUCGGUAGUUUCUUGAGUGUCAAUGUUCUUGGUAAUUUAUAUUACCUUAAAAAGAUCGACUCGUCAGCGAAACAAAAGUCACUUCCAGCAGUAUUACAUGCAAAUUGGAAAUAUUGUCACUUUUGUCAGCUAAAUUCUCCUCCCCGAUCUUAUCACUGUCCUGUAUGCGAUGAAUGUAUAUUGAAGCGGGAUCAACAUUGUAUGUUUGCAGGUUGCUGUGUGGGAUUUUAUAAUCAUCGCUAUUAUUUCCUGGCUGUUGUUUAUGCAAUGCUAGGUUCCUUGUGUGCUGCUCUCUUUCAACUACCACACUGCAUUGAAUCAAUUGGUGGUUUUCAUCUUCUACCCAUGCUGUCAUUGGCAGCUCCACAUAUUUCACUUCUAUUUGGAUUUGUAAGCUUUUAUGGUUUUAUCUGUGCCAUCACACAAAUUGUUUUAUUAAGUGCUGUUGUGUUGACUACAUAUCUGUUGAUUGUGCAGAUACGCUGUAUAUCUAACGGACAAACCAUUCAUGAGAAAAAGGCUGACAUAAGAUUGUAUGACUUGGGCUUGAAGAAAAAUUUUGUUCAGAUACUUGGUAUGAAAUGGUUUAUUGCCAUAUUUUGGCCCUUUGUUUCAUCCCCUAUUAAGGGAGAUGGAAUACAGUUUCUUACAUUUUAUGACUUACAAGAAAUAAAGAAUGUUUAAAUUACUUUUAAUGUAUUAGCUCUUAAACUGAAUAAGAGCUAAUCUUAGAAAAUCAGAAACUGAAGCAGCAUACUGUGAUUGCAC